CCUACACCAACUUUUCCCAGCCUGUCGGACCCCGUAGGUUUCCUGUUGUCUCUGCGUUCCUGCGAUCCUGCGAUAUAUAACUCCUUCUAUGAGCCCUCGCCUGCCAAAAAAAGACCCCCAUUAAUGGUUAUCCAUGCACAAUACCUAAAUAAUUAAGCCGACUUUCUCUUCCCUCCGUCUAGAAAUACUUAUAUCUGCAUUAGAUUACCACUUCCACUCGCUAGACUAUCUAUCCUUUCUAGGUAUCCAACCUUUACAAUGGUGCAAACAUCUGCGCCGCUUUCGGGCAAUGGCUCUGCCUCAAUCCCUGGUACUCCAGGAUUGAGUCGGAAAGGCCAGCCCAGCCGUAGAGCGCAGAGCUCCGGCGCGGUGUAUAUUGAGAUAGAUGACGAUGAUGACAUCGACGAGCUUGCCAAUGAUGGGGUCUCGCCAUACUUUACUCAACCAACGCAAAUAGUCAACAGGGCUACUCAGCCUACUCAGAUAAUAAACCGAACGCCGCGGUUACCGUCAUCGCCUUUAGUGCCAGAUACGCCACGCACAACUAUUGAAGUGCCAGCUUCGUCUCCGUUCCAGGAAGAGAGCCGGGCGAAGCCCUCGGGUGUGCUAGCUAAGAAGUCUAGCGUAGCGAGUAGAAUAGGAUCGUUAAUGGCGCCGGCGGGAACGUCGUUUAGGCCCCCUACGGUGCAGAAGCCGGCGCACAAAGCCGGCGGUCCUACGGGUAGACGAGACUAUAUAGAUAUCUCGGAUGACGAUCUAUUAGAGGAUUAUAAAAAGCAGGAUAGCUCAGAUGACGAUACGCCUACAAGGGGGGAUAUACGUCCUUCAUCUUUUGCAAAGAAUACAUCGUUCCUGGUGUCUAGAACAGGGAGUUCGUUGUUUGAGAAUGCGGAUAUCUCUCUUAAUGAUAUUCGUGAUAUCAGACUACGGCACCUGACCGGCCAGGUCUACAAAAUUGUCCAGAAGGCUGUGCCCGGAAUUACCAUUCGAGCCUGCAAGGAAGCGUUGCAGAAGGACGUCGGCUGGCAGGUUUCAAAGGCGGUGGAUUUAUUAACUGGCAGGCCAACCAAGUCUCUCUCGUUGUCGAAAAGUACAGGUGCAUUGGCCAGUGGUACUGCAACUGCCAAAAGUGCGGGAGGUGACAGUGACUCUCAGGAAUCAGUCCCAACCUCACUGGAUGCCUUAGGGUCUAAUACCCCUAGAAAUACUUUGCACACUUUUUUGAAGAAAGAUUCUGCCUCUGCAAAUUCUUCUACUAAUUCCUUUGCAAAUUCAACCAAGUCUUCUUCCCAAACUUCUGCAAAACCUUUGCGCACACAAAAUUCAAGCAAUUCAAUUAUUUCGAAUAAAUCAAUUGCGUCUAACACUUCUAACAACAAUCCACCUCGACGCCGUCUUGUACAAGGCCGCAAUCAAUCUUCAAACCCUUCUACAAUCUUUUCUAUAUCCUCCUCCCCUUCUUCAAUUCUGACUAGUCCAACACAAUCAAAAGAGUCAUCGCCAGACGACACUGCCGAUAUGAGGACUAGAUCUUCUACUGCCCAGGCGGCCGCGUCCACAGCAAUGCGUCGCGGUCGCCGACUCAUGCAGGGUCGUCGCAACAGGACACCCGAUCCCGAUCUUGAGUUCGUCUCACUUCCCCAGUCUCGCAAGAGACAAUCGGAUGCAGAAGAGUCACCGGCUACAAAGAAGCUUAGAGUUGAAAAGAGCGAGGUUCAAUCGCGAAAGGGAGAUUCGGACGAAUUGGAGCCUGAAGAUUGCGACCUUCCAACUCCCCCUAACAAGAAGGCAAAGGUUGACACACCCAAGAAGCGUAAGGCUAAUGAAGAACUUAAGCGCGAUGAGUUUGAAGAGGAUGAAGUUUUCGAGAUUUCUGAUGGCGACGACGAUAGCGAUCGCUCUAACUCUGAUGGUGCUGUUGACGACCUUUCUAAUGUCCUUGAGUAUCUGAACACCUGUACUGCUGAGAACCUCGGUCGUAUGAUCGGUUCUAUAGCAGAUGCCAAAUUGAUGACCAGUGCCCGUCCUUUCAAGACCAUUGCAGAUGCAGAGAAGGUCUCGAAACAAGACAAGGCUAGAUCAAAGAAGAAGAUAAGAAUGGUCAACGUCGGAGAAAAUGUUGUGGAGAGGCUCAAGGUGUGGCUAGAAGCCUGCGAGGCAGCAGCAGCUGUUAUCGAUGAGUGUGAUAGACGAGGAGCCGAGAUAAACAGUGUCAUGUCUACCUGGAAUCUUAAUAGGAAUGGCGAGUUCAAGGACAAGGAGGAGACAGCCACUCUGGUUGGGCUACCCAUUGGAGAGAAGCCCGAACUAAUGGCCGAGGAGAUCACUCUAAAGCCAUACCAGAUGGUUGGGCUCAACUGGAUGGACCUGCUGCGCAGAAAGGGUUACGGAGGUAUUCUCGCUGACGACAUGGGCCUCGGCAAGACGUGCCAGGUCAUCUCGUUCAUAGCUCACCUAGUCAAGUUAAAGCGGGAGCCGGGUUCCAGGCCUCAUUGGCCGAAUCUGAUAGUCGUGCCCCCGAGCACCUACGAGAACUGGAUGCAAGAGUUCGAAACCUUCGCUCCUGAGAUCUCCGUCUUGGCAUACACGGGUCCAGACCGACGACAUAUCUCGCCCAGGGCUGCAAAGAAGCACCACGUCGUCAUCACCACAUAUCCGCAAAUCGAGAAGCAGAAAGAAGACCUCAAGUUUCUCCAGGCCAUAGAGCCAUAUGCCGCCAUAUUCGACGAGGGACAUAAACUCAAGAACCAGUCGACGCUCAUCUACAAGCAGAUGAUGCGGGUGCCGACCGAAUGGCGCCUCAUCCUUAGUGGUACGCCUGUCCAGAACAACCUGAAGGAGCUCUUGACCCUUCUGCGUUUCAUCGAACCCGACAUGUUUGACAAGAGCAAGUUCGAUGCGCUCAAUACGAUCUUCGAAGCCAAGGUCGCUAGCAAAGAUGUUCUCAAUUUUGCAGCGCUUGCAUCGGAACGCGUGGACCGUGCCCGCACGGUCAUGGCUCCGUUUAUUCUCCAGAGACGGAAGGAAGAAGUCCUCAAUCUUCCUCCGAAGACGGAGCGUCUCGAGAUCGUGGGUAUGCAUGAAACGCAAAAGGAGAUCUAUGAGUCGAUCAAGGGCAAAUAUGCACUACAGAACGGCGUCAAGAAGACCAAGAAGGACGGACAUCAGUGGAUGUCGCUCCGAAAGGCGGCGAUCCAUCAUCAAUUGUUCCGUAACCACUUUACUGACAAGAUGGUCUUGGAGAUGGUAGAGAUUGUGUGGGAGCAUUACUCCGCCAAGGAAAUCGGCGUCGAUGUCAAGGAUGAACGUCACAAGAAAUGGUACACCGAGGAGCAGUUAGACAAGACCGACUUCGAACUACACCUGGAUUGCCGUCACUUCAAGCGAAUCCGUCACUACGAUGUUCCUGACCGGUCAUGGGAGGAUAGUCCCAAGGUUCAGAAGCUGUUGGAGCUUGUACGCGGCUACAUGAAGACAGGGGACCGCGUGUUGGUAUUCAGUCGCUUCGAGAUCGUUGUCAAUAUCCUACGAGAAGCCCUACAUUACGCCGACAUCCCCUAUUGCUGUAUCACAGGAAACACCGACACAGCAGAUCGGUAUCCGGAGAUCCAGCGCUUCAUGAAGAACGACGACAUCCCGGUCUUCCUGAUUACCACUGCGGCCGGCGGCACUGGUCUGAACCUCACCGGAGCGAACAAGAUCAUCCUCUUCGACCAGUCAGACAACCCGCAGGAAGACGUGCAGGCAUCCAACCGCGCCCACAGGAUCGGGCAGACGAGGCCAGUGGAGGUGAUCCGUCUGAUUACGGAGAAGUCUGUAGAGUGCCUCAUCUACAACUCCUGUGUGAAGAAGCUGGUUCUCGCAGCCCGCGUCGAGCGAACCGGGGAAGCCGUAGAAGAGCAAGAAUCGGUGGAGGAGCAGUGCAAGAAGCGCAUGCUCCUGGGCGACGACGAAUAUAAGCCGAUCGACCCAUCCGAAGCCCUUGAGGCGUCUGAGGAGGACCAGCAGUUGUAAUCCUGGCCCCUCUACCAAACCUAUUCGAGUGGCAGACUACCUUCAUAGAAAGGCCUCUGUCGAAAAGUAUGGCGCGUCAUAUACAUACCAUUUGCUCGGCUUUUCUUCUUCGGCACCGGAUCUCUAUAAGAUCCCAUCGUUAUCUAUUAUCUGACAACUUAUUUCUUUUCAAUUAAAAAAAAAAAAGACCAAAAAAAAACGAGGAAAACAAAAAAUUGCCAAAAAA